AUGCGGUCGAAGUAUGGCGGAGAAUGGACACAGCAGCCAAGUUCACGGCUUACCUCGACUCUGCGGAACGACAUUAAGAGCUACCGUGACACCGUGGACGAAGCCGCAAGCCAGGAUAAUCAACUGAUGGGCACCUCCAGGCAGUUUGAGUCCGAGUUCGAGGAGAUGCGAUCAGCCGGUGAACGAGGAGAGGCAGACGUACUCUAUCAGCAAGCACUCAUCAAAAGUGGCACCAAAAUCGACAGAUCAUCGCAACAGUCAGAAAACCUGCUGGACGAGGAUUAUGGCGAGGCUGGUCCGACCGUGACCGAUCAGAUCGCUAGAGUGGAAGAUAUUCUGAAGAGACUCAACUUGGUGAAGCGUGAGCGCAUGCAAGUGCUGAAGGACUUGAAAGAGAAGGUGCACACGGACGACAUAUCUAAUAUUCUCAUUCUCAACAAAAAGUCACUCACGGGUCAGGAGACCCAGUUGUUCCAAGCCGAACUCGAAAAGUUUCGAUCACAUCAGAACAGACUGAUCUCAACUGUACAUAAGCAGUCCUCGCUUCUGAAGGACUUAACCAAAACAUACGGGGAUUUGCUCCAGGACAAGCGAAUACGAUCGGACCAACAGCGAUACGAGGGUAUUCAAAAAGCCAGAAGCAAUGUGCUGCAUCGCUACCGAAGAGCUUAUACCGCGCACGGAGAUUUGGCACAAGGUCUAAUGCGUGCGCAGGCCUUCUACAGCGAGAUGAAAGAGAGUGUGGAUAGUCUUGAGAAGAACGUAGAGACGUUCGUCAGCAAUCGACGAGCAGAGGGUGCACAACUGCUCAGCUCGAUCGAGCAAAAGAAGGCGGGUGAUGCCGGUGGACAAGCAGCAGCAGAGCAGAAGCGAAUGCAGGAGCUCAUGCAGAGGCUGUCGAUGGAUCCGAACACGUCGCCAACCUCGCAGCGUCCGCCAACAGUACCACCGCAGCCAUCGAGUGCAAAUGCUGUACGCUCGCCGCCACCCCAUCAGGUCUACCAAGAUCCUCGGUUCACCAUUCCGCCACGGGAAGAUCCUGUGCCGGUCUUCACCAAUGGUGUCCCCAGCUACGCCCAACCUAUUCAGAAUCAAUCGCCCGUGGAACGACCACAAUCAACACAAAGCCAGCAACACCCGUACUCCCAAGGUGCCGCCGCACCACUUUCGCAAGCAUAUAAUCCUAUGGCGUAUCCUGACCGGAACAUAACGUCUCCGCAACAGUCACAGCCACAGCAACCUCAGCACACCACCACCCAGCCACAUCAUCCCUCGAGCUUCGGCCAGCACGCAUCAUAUCAGCCGCAGCAACCGCAAUACGCCCAGCCUCAACAGCAGCAGCCAUACGCCCAACCUCAAGCCUCACCGGGCUUCCAGUCUCCAUACUCGCUCCCGCAAUCAUAUGUCCCGCCACCGCCACCACCGCAGCAGCAACACACGCAGUAUGGACCGCCGCAGGGGCAGCAACAGCAGUGGGCGAGUGGGCCUGGAGGCUAUGCGAAUUAUCAGCAGCGCGCGCCGGGCGGGAGUGCCGGACAAGGUCAGCAACAACAGAAUGGAAGUGCAGGUGGAGGGCAGGGGGAUCCGUGGGCGGGGUUGAAUGCUUGGAAAUGA